CAUGCGGAAAGAUGGCCGGCUAGGGAACCUGAGCGCCUCCGCGGUCACCCUGGUCCCCUCCGCGCCUACCCUGAUCCCCUCUGCGCCUGGGCUCAUCGCUGCGCGAGUGGGACCGCGGCGCUUCGUGGGUGGAGCCGCGGCGCUUCGUGGGUGGAGCCGCAGUGCUCCGUGGGUGGAGCGGGCGGCGCUGAAGGGGCCGGGAACGCGCGCGCCGAGCCUCCGGGGAAGGCGGGAGGGCGCGUGGGGCGCGAGGGGCGCGGGACAGCAUGAGUCAGCAGCGGACGGCGCGGAGACUGCCCAGCCUGCUGGUGGACCCGGCGCAGGAAACGGUGCGCCGGCGUUGCCGGGACCCCAUCAACGUGGAAAACCUACUGCCAUCAAAAAUAAGGAUUAAUCUAGAAGAAAAUGUACAGUAUGUGUCCAUGAGAAAAGCUCUGAAAGUGAAGAGGCCCNGGUUUGAUGUGUCCCUGGUGUACUUAACUCGGAAGUUUAUGGAUCUUGUCAGAUCUGCCCCUGGGGGCAUUCUUGACUUAAACAAGGUUGCCACAAAACUGGGUGUUCGGAAGAGGCGAGUGUAUGACAUCACCAAUGUCUUGGAUGGCAUCGAACUGGUGGAAAAGAAAUCUAAGAACCACAUUCGGUGGAUAGGAUCUGACCUGAACAACUUUGGGGCCGCACCCCAGCAGAAGAAGCUGCAAGCAGAGCUCUCCGACCUGUCGGCCAUGGAAGACGCCUUGGACGAGUUNAUUAAAGAUUGUGCUCAGCAACUGUUGGAGUUAACAGAUGACAAGGAAAAUGAAAGACUAGCGUAUGUAACCUAUCAGGAUAUUCACGGCAUUCAAGCUUUCCAUGAACAGAUUGUCAUUGCAGUGAAGGCUCCAGAGGAAACCAGACUGGAUGUUCCAGCUCCCAGAGAAGAUUCUAUCACAGUACAUAUUAGGAGCACCAAAGGACCCAUUGAUGUAUAUUUGUGUGAAGUAGAACAGAACCAUUCAAAUGGUAAAACCACUGAAUUUUACAAUGUGUCUCUGUGUGCAGCCUUGCUCUUCAGUCAGGGGGCCUUACCUCCUGUGCAUUGUACCCCGCCUCAGCUCUCAGCCCGCCUUCCCAAUCACCUAGCGCGCUCUACCUCAGUGGAUUUGGACAUCCCUUUCAACCGUGUCAAAGGGCGUGGCCAAGGUGGUGGCUCCAGCAUUUACCUCAUCUAUGAGCUGCUGGAGCUCUUCGAGGGAUGA